UCUGCACUGCGGCACUGGGCUGGCUGGACAGCGGGCGUCGUCGUCGAGCGGACAAGCUGCUGUCUCCCUCGUCCUUGCCUGGGCGCUGGGAGCUGUGGCACCGCUGGCCUGUUGCUCCUGUCUGCCUGUUACUUCUGGCUACCUUGGAACUAAAAUUGACACUAAUAACCUAGAGAAGUGAGGACUCAGACGGCAAUGUUAGUGUAGAGCCAGGCAAACAAGAAAAGCCAAGUAAGCCCUACCCAGAUCACACCAGACAUGGAACCAGAAACUCCGGAGAUCGUGGAGUCUGCGCAGGAGAAAGGCAAAGGCAAGCCCCAGCCAGCAGAAGAGCCCGAAGACAGCCUAGAAAAGGCUAAGCUAGAGGAGACAGGCGACGCGGCCGAAGCCUAUCAGCAGCAGGUAGCUGAAGAGAUGGCCAAGGAGAUCAAGAAGAAAAUAAGAAAGAAGCUAAAGGAGCAGCUGACCUACUUUCCUCCAGACACUCUACUGCAUGACGACAAGCUGGCCAGUGAGAAAAGGAAGAAGAAGAAGAAGAAAGUGCCAGGGCCAGCUAAGCCUGAGACAAGUCCCUCAGAUGUCUGUGACAGUGCAGCUGACGGUGAACAAGAGGUAGAAGGUGCCACUGGGGGCGCUCCACUCGAGGGCGCGUGCUCCACCGAGACCACAAAGCCCAAACCCAAGAAGACAAAGAAGAAGACUAAAGCAGUUCCGGAUGCUAAUGAAGACACUAAUGGAGAUGGUGUUCAUGAGAUAACAAGCCGCGACAGUCCAAUUCAUCCCAAGUGUCUGCUGGACGAUGACCUCGUCAUGGGGGUCCACAUCCACCGAACCGAUCGGCUUAAAGCUGACUUCAUGAUCUCUCACCCGAUGGUAAAGAUCCAUGUGGUUGAUGAACACACCGGCCAGUACGUCAAGAAAGAUGACAGUGAGCGUUCUGUUUCAUCUUACUACGAGAAAGACAACGUGGACUAUAUUCUCCCUAUCAUGACGCAGCCAUAUGACUUUAAAAAGCUAAAGUCAAGGCUUCCGGAGUGGGAGGAACAAGUGAUUUUUAAUGAAAAUUUUCCCUAUCUGCUUCGAGAGUUUGACGAAUGUCCAAAAGUCAUUCUGUUCUUCGAGAUUCUUGACUUUUUAAGCAUGGAUGAAAUCAAGAAUAACUCUGAGGUUCAAAACCAAGAAUGUGGCUUUCGGAAAAUUGCCUGGGCAUUCCUAAAGCUUCUGGGAGCCAAUGGAAAUGCAAACAUCAACUCGAAACUUCGUCUCCAGCUCUACUACCCACCUACUAAGCCGCGAUCCCACCUAAAUGUCGUUGAGGUUUUUGAAUGGUGGUCCAAGUGUCCAAGGAAUCGUUACCCGUCAACAUUGUAUGUGACCGUACGGGGGUUGAAAGUCCCGGACUGUAUAAAGCCAUCGUACCGCUCUAUGAUGGCUCUCCAGGAAGAAAGGGGCACACCAGUGUACUGUGAACGUCACCGUGACACAAGUUCUGUGGACACGGACCCUGGGCUACAAGACUCAAAGGAGGAAGUAAAGUGGAAGCGUCUGCCGGGCCAGGCCUGUCGUAUCCCAAACAAGCAUCUCUUCUCACUAAACGGUGGAGAACGAGGUUGUUUUUGUCUUGAUUUCUCUCACAAUGGAAGGAUCUUAGCAGCAGCCUGUGCCAGCCGAGACGGAUAUCCAGUUAUACUGUAUGAAAUUCCUUCUGGACGUUUUAUGAGAGAACUGUGUGGCCACCUCAACAUCAUCUAUGAUGUCGACUGGUCAAAAGACGAUCGUUAUCUCGUCACUUCAUCCUCUGAUGGCACUGCCCGGGUCUGGAAGAAUGAGGUCAACUGCACGAGCACCUUCCGAGUCCUGCCUCACCCUUCCUUUGUCUACACGGCUAAGUUCCACCCGGCCACACGAGAGCUGGUGGUGACAGGCUGCUACGACUCUAUAAUAAGGGUUUGGAAAGUUGAAGCGAGGGAGAACAUCUCCAUAUUAUUGCGCCAGUUGGACGUGCACAAAAGCUUUGUCAACGCCAUCUGCUUUGAUGACGAAGGACACCACAUGUACUCCGGAGACUGCAUUGGGGUCAUCUGUGUCUGGGAUACGUACGUCAAAGUGACUGACCCGCAGCACUCCGUGCGCCACUGGGCCUUAAAUAAGGAAAUUAAGGAGACUGAGUUCAGAGGAGUGCCAAUCAGUUACCUGGAGGUUCAUCCCAAUGGGAAGCGUUUAUUAAUCCACACCAAAGACAGUACGCUGAGGAUCAUGGAUCUGCGGAUAUUGGCAGCCAGGAAAUUUGUGGGUGCAGCCAAUUACCGGGAGAAGAUCCACAGUACUCUGACGCCGUGCGGGAGCCUGCUGUUCUCCGGGAGCGAGGACGGCAUGGUGUACGUGUGGAACCCAGAGACAGGAGAACAAGUGGCAAUGUACUCUGACCUGCCGUUCAAGUCAACCAUCCGAGACAUCUCUUACCACCCAUUUGAGAACAUGGUCGCAUUCUGUGCCUUUGGACAGAGUGAGCCGAUUCUUCUGUAUAUUUAUGAUUACCAAGUAGCCCAGCAGGAGGUUGAAAUGUUGAAACGCUACAGCGGGGCACUCCCGUUGCCUGGGAUACAUCAGAAUGAGGAUGAUUUAUGCACCUGUCCUAAACUGCCCCAGCAGGGCUCUUUUCAGAUUGAUGAACUGGUCAACACCGAACAUAACCCAUCAAGAAAGAUUCAGCUUGUGAAACAGAGACUCGAAACUGUCACAGAGGUGAUACGAUCCUGUGCUGCAAAAGUCAACAAAAAUCUCUCAAUGACUUCGCCACCACCAGGCCCUGCCAAGAAGCCCAGGGUGAAGCAGACGUUCCUGCUGUCCACCGAUGAGAUUAUAAACCAUUUCGGACUCCCUGAGACUGCAGCAUAUUUAAUGGAAAGAGGGCGUCGUGUUGAUCCACCACCAAUGGUAGUGGCUCUUUAUGACUACACGGCCAUCCGAGCAGAUGAACUAAGCAUCCACCGUGGAGACAUCAUCCGAGUGUUUUUCAAAGAUAAUGAGGACUGGUGGUACGGCAGCUUAGGAAAGGGGCAGGAAGGGUUCUUUCCAGCUAAUCACGUGGCCAGCGAAACACUGUAUCGGGACAGACCCCCAAAGGUGAAGGAUCGGUCCCCUCCUUUAACUCCCAAGGAGAAAACUAAACCAGGAAAGCCUCCAGCUUCUCAAAAGCAGUCGCUCAGGGACCGGUUCCUGGAUUCCAGACUGGGCUCACAGUCCGCAGGGCGCUCUGAGAAGGGCAGAGAUCCAAACAUCGAGGACCGAGGACACAGAGUGGCUAUGGAGCCGAAGAAAAAGGUCACCCUGAUAGAGUAAAAAGCUGGAGAAGAAAGAAGACGCGGCUGAUGCGUGCACGUGACACGAAAUCUACCCCAGACGGAUUUCUCUUUAGACUUUGGGUGAAAAGAAGGCAGUAUUUAUUGACCUUAUGAAGAAUGUGAAGUGAAGUUAGCUCUAAAAAGAAAAAAUCACUGUGGCCUUUGGGCUUAAUUGUUAUAAACCGUUGUGAGUGUUAUUGGUCAAAGUAUUGUACUUGUGCUAUUAGUAACUGCAUCAAGAUUCUAUUGCUGCUGCUGGAGAAGCCAAUAAAGAAAACCCCAGAACUGCUACUCAGUAAAUGUGAAUAACAUGUGCACAGUGUUAGCCAGUCUCUAAGUCAUCGCCCAGUGUGGCUGUGACGUGGCUCUGCCGCAAGUCAUCAUCCCGUGUGCUUGUGCUGUAAGCCAUUAUCCCAUGUGGCUAUGGCCAUGACGUGACUGCGCCAUAAGCCGUCAUCCCGUGUACCUGUGGCUGUGACGCUCUGCUCAGAACGCAGAGACUCUGCUUUUGAAGUUAACCGUGUGUAAAACCCAAGUAGCUUCUGGGUAUUGGUAUUCAAACACCUCCAGUAACAAAAGCAGUAAAAGAGACAGUUUGCUUUUAAGAACUAAAUGUUCGUGUUGCCCUUGAGUGAAUUAUAUGUGUAACACAAAACACCUAAGCUAAGAAUGAUUUGGGCUGGACUGACAACAGUGUAGGAAAUUUAUUUUUAUUUUUUAAACAGAGUUCAUAUUUAAGAAUAUAAGUAAUUUAUGGAUAUAAAGUCUUUAUUUAUUUUAUUCUGAAUAUUUGUUUUUAAAUUAUUACACAGCAUUAUUUAUUUCUUCAUUUUUAGAAUAACCAUGCCAUUCCCAUAUGGCUGUAUGUUACAGUUGGAUAGAACAGUGAAACUCCUCCAUCUUGAUUUUCUGACUCCUCCCUUUCUUCAACCGCAUGAUUAAGUCUGUCAGUAAAGCAUUUAACCCCAACAAGGUCAAACUGUUGUGUGGUAAAGUUAGAAAAACUUAUUUGCUGAAGUAAACGAUUGAUCUCCUUGAAAUAAGAAGUGAGAAACCCUGUGUCGAGCACUGAGGGGUAACCGUGCCCAGAUGCCCAGUGUGAAAUAGCUUCUAGGACAGAUCAGUCGCCCUCCUCCCUGCACGUGUUGUACAAGCUUAUGGUGGGAAACAUGACCCUGCUGGGGGACCUUUGGAGAACUGUUGUUUUGAGGAGAUUCCCACCACAUACAGGGUGGCACUGCAAAUUGCUGAGCCCGCAGCCCUCAGCCCCGAAGGCUCUGCUGCCCAUGCCAGUGGCCUUGCUGUGGUUGCGUGUCCACGCUCCCAGUGACUGGGGCUGGCUGCUCAGUCACCCUGAACUUGCUUCCCUUCUGUCUUGUGAGUGUGCUUCUUGAAACAAUUAAAAAAUAAAGGUGUGUUCCUGCCA